AGAGGUUACCACAGAGUGCAACUUCACAUCCGGAACCGGAAAUACUUGACUCCAAUCACUGUCAAGAUGGCGAGUUGGUGUGUCAGAAGCAUGAGACAGAGUUAUUGCGCUGUAGCUGUUCAUCUAAGGUCUCUUAGCAGCCGUCAGAAGAUGGUCUCUAAAGGGCCAGUACUUACAAAUCACAAAACUGGCUUUGUGUGGGUGUCCCCAAGAUUGUUUUGUUCUGUAGCCCAAAAGAAAAACAGUAAGUCAUCCUCUGAAGAGGACCAGAGUCCAGCAUUAGAUGAACAGAAAUCUGAACCAGCUGUUGAGAAUUCCCUUGCUGAAGAAAAGGCCAGAUUGGAAGAACAGCUAAAAGAAACAAUGGACAAAUAUAAAAGAGCUCUUGCCGAUACAGAAAACCUGAGGCAGAGAAGUCAGAAGCUAGUUGAAGAAGCUAAACUGUUUGGUAUCCAGAGCUUCUGCAAAGACUUAUUGGAGGUGGCUGACAUUUUAGAAAAGGCAACAGAGAGUGUACCCAAAGAAGAAAUAAAAGAUCAGAAUCCACAUCUAAAAAACCUGUAUGAAGGUCUCAUUAUGACAGAAACACAAAUGCAGAAAGUGUUCAGAAAACAUGGGUUAGUUAAGAUAAACCCAGUAGGAGCAAAAUUUGAUCCGUAUGAACAUGAAGCUUUGUUUCACACACCCAUGGAAGGGAAAGAACCAGGAACAGUUGCUCUUGUGACCAAAAUUGGGUAUAAGCUUCAUGGACGCACCCUCCGUCCUGCUUUGGUGGGUGUAACAAAAGAAGCAUCUUAAUUCAGUCUUCUAUAUUUUGUUUGGAAUAUUCCAUAAGCUGUUCGCUGCUGACCAACUAAAGGGAGAGGAAUCAGAUGUUGUCAAAUACCUUUUAUCUGCAAACUACAGAUUAGCAUCUGUCUCUGGAUUGCCUUGGUAGUUGGCUGCACAUCACAUCUGGAAUAUCCUAAGUAAGAGAGCAGUGUACCUGAACAGUAGAGCAUUAUGCUUCACUUUCUGAGAACUGGUAAAUCACAAAACUUGAGUACUCAUCUUACACAGAGAGCCAUUGCAGUACUCCUCAAUAGUUUUGUAACAACUCUGUGAGCAGAGAAAGAAUACAUUCUGUACUUGUAGUGUCUGCUCAGGUACAGAGUUUUUGUUCUUGAAUAUGUUCUUUCUGUAACCAUACAUUCCAGACCUUACUAUAUAAGCCGUCAGAUGAAAUGGGACAACACUGCUACCCACCCUUUAUGAAUGGUCAGCAGACUGGAAACUUAAAUUGUAUUAUAUAAAAAAACUGCUGUUUUUUAAGCAGUGUUACUAAUUUCAGAUGUAAAUAUAUUUUUCUUGGAAUAUAUCUGCUGGCAAGUCAGUUUGACUUUUGGUCCUGUUCCUAUGGUAAUGCAGUAGGAUGCAGAGGGUUAAAUAUUGUCCUCUCCUUGAUUCCUUCUGUUCUACAUGAAAGCCAGAUAUUUCAUUUUGAUUUUAUCGUAAUUUAGUUGUGGGAUUCUUCAUGAUAAAACUCAAUGCACAGUUAAGUAUUGACCUCAGAAAGCAAGACUUGAAGGCAUUAAACCAAGUGUGGCUGUUAUUUGAGGGAAAACUGUCCAUGCCCUUUCAAUGUAGUAUGUUCAGGAAUUAUUGUUAGUACUAGCAGGAAAACCCAUGCAUGCUUUUGGUUUCUACGGUGUUUGUAACACCCAGAAAAGUUAUAAUGGCUAAUGGUGAACAUUUUUAACAGAACAGAGGCAGCCUCAUAUUACUAGAUUCCAGAUUGUAUGUCUCUAUUACUGUAAUGUAAUGUAAUUGAAGACAGCUUCAGAACUUUACCUGCUGACUUUUCAUAUAAUUCACUUUUGAGUACUUAUUAAAGCAGUGGCAACCGUUAUUUGCCAGGAAUACCUUACCUUCACCAACAGCUUUAAGGCCAACAGUUUCUGCUGUUUCCACCUGCUUUGUUUUCAAAAAGCACAGACAGUACAAAUUUAUGACCUGCUAAGAUGCAUGUUUAUUUUUAGAAGUUAAUGAGCAUUAUAUUUUAUAAAGCAAAAAUUAGUGCAUAGCAGACACAUUCAUAUAGUUGCUUGAAUUGUAACUAUGAGACCUGAAUCCAUGCAUAAUGACAGCUAAUCGUGACAUUAGUAUGCAUCUGUUUAGCUUUUCUCAUUCUGAUAAUGAUGCUUACAGCACUUAAUAAAAAUGCAGCAUAUUUGUGAA